AUGGAUCCGAUCGUGCAAGCGGGCACGCAGGUGCAACAGCUGAUCAAUUUUGUAUGUGUACAGGAGUUUGGAAGGAUGCCUAUUAUGCAAAUCAAAUUCGGCUAUACGGAUAGAACUGGUCAAUCUCACUCUUUUGAUAAGUCGGUGUACCUGCCAGUUUUCGUCAACAAGUUCUUCGAGCCCACUGAAAUGCCGUCUGAGCAGUUCUUUGCCAGAUGGAAAGCUCUUGGUCAGCCAUCACAAGAAUGUCAGAAAAUCUUUCCUGCGAAAGUGUCUAUGGAUCCAGCGCUUGUCACUCAGAAACUGAAUGGUUUGGGUGCGAAAUUGUUGCCCAAUGUUGAUCCCAAUCCUGACAACUUACGCCCCCCCCAUUUGUGUGCUGGUAUAAUCCAUACGCAAACGCAACAGAUUGGAACCUUAAUUCGAUUGGAACCGAAUAAGCAAGCAAAGAUGUACCGCUUAACUGUGCGAAGCAGUAAGGACACUGUGUCUACCUAUCUCGUUGAUGCUCUUGUUGAACAGUUUUAG